AUGACACCCAUUGGAGGAGGGCGCGAAGGCGCUCUGUCACCCAUAACACUAUGCCUUGGACUCCUGCUACUGUUCGUUGGGACUGCGAGAGCAGCAGUACUGGGCAUCGACUUUGGAACGCUCAACAUCAAAGCCGCCAUUGUCAAGCCCGGAAUUCCACUCGAUAUUGUCUUGACCAAGGAUUCGAAACGAAAAGAGAUUGCAGCGGUAGCUUUCAAGCCGAAUCGAGACUCCAAAGGCAAGAUUCUGGCCGAAGCUGGCAGUUUCCCCGAACGAGCAUACGGCGGCGAUGCUUUGGCUCUCCAAGGGCGUCUGCCCAGUGAGGUGUUCCCGAAUUUAAAGCUGCUAUUGGGACUGCAUUCAGAUGCGCAAGGCGAGAAAACAGCAUCGAUCUACAGGGAACGCUAUCCCGCGCUUCAGAUGUCCCAUGAUCAAGAGCUUGGAACGACUGUCUUCAAGAGCGCGGCAUUUACAGAAGAUGUACCUCCGUUCAGUGUAGAGGAGCUCAUUGGCAUGGAGCUGUCCAAUAUCAAGCGCAAUGCCGAGAACAUGGCAGGUCAGGGAAGUGUCGUGGAGGACGCAGUCAUUACCAUCCCGCCGUUCUACACCGCAGACGAGAAGCGUGCCAUUGUGAAAGCGGCCAACUUUGCUGGCCUAGACGUGAUGGCUCUCGUAACAGAUGGAUUGGCUGUUGGAUUGGACUACGCGAAGAGUCGGACGUUUCCUGAAGUGACAAAGGGCGAGAAGCCUGAGUACCACUUGGUCUUUGACAUGGGCGCAGGGUCAACUAGCGCUACUGUCAUGAGAUUUCAGGGAAAGAGCGUGAAGGAUGUUGGGCGCUUCAACAAGACAGUACAAGAGGUGACUGUACUUGGUGCUGGAUGGGAUCGAACACUGGGAGGAGACAGCCUAAACCAUGUGCUCAUGGAAGAUUUUGUCAAAAAGCUGUUGACAAAGCCCGUGUUGAAGAGUCGCGGCACCACCGAGGAAGAAAUCAAGUCGAAUGCGCGUGUCAUGUCUCGAUUUUUCAAAGAAGCAGAAAGAGUACGACAGAUUCUCAGCGCCAAUACGGAGGCGACCGCGUCUUUCGAGGAAGUCCUCCCGGACAUUGAUCUACGAGUGAAGCUCACCCGUGCCGAGUUUGAAAAGCUCGCAGCGAACCAUGCGAGCCGAGUCGCUUCACCAAUCCAGAGCGCAUUGAAAAUGGCAAAACUCGAGAUGAAAGACUUGAGCUCCAUCAUUCUGCACGGCGGCGCCAUUCGCACACCCUUCGUGCAGAGUCAACUUGAGGGUGUUGUCGAUGAGAAGUCAAAGUUGCGCAGCAAUGUCAAUCCAGAUGAAUCUGCCGUCUUCGGCGCCGCUUUCAAGGCAGCAAGUCUUUCUGCAAGCUUCAAGGUGAAGGAAAUCCGUGCUUCGGAUAUUGCGAGCUACGCCACGAGUCUUGUCUACUCGGACAAAGGCAAGGAGCGGAAGCAGACUCUGUUCUCUGCAAGCUCUCCCGUCGGCGCUGGCUCAACUACAAAGCAAGUUACUUUCAAGGACAAGGAGGACUUCACUUUCAGCUUCGUCCAGAAUGUUGACGAAACGGACCUCCCUGUGUUGAAAGUCAAAUCGGAGAAUCUCACCAGCUCUGUUUCCGAGCUGACGCGCCGUGUCGGGUGCGACCAGGACGCGAUGAGCACCAAGUUCAGUAUCCGUCUCAGUCCAUCUCAUGGAAUGCCCGAUAUCGCAGGAGGAAGUGUGAGUUGCGAAGUCGAAGACGACACCAAAUCUAGCAUGGGAGACUCCGUCAAGGGCUGGCUUGGCCUUGGGAAGAAGAAAGAUCAGGAGCCCUUGAAGGAUGACUCUGGCGAGGAAGGACCAGUCGAAGAAGUCGAUGCCACGGCAUCGGCUUCCCAGACCACCGGUAGUGAGACCGCGACUUCAUCAGACGCAGCUACCAGCUCCAAGGCUCCCGAAACUACCAAGAAGCGCACUGAGGUGAUCAAUCUGCAGUGGUCCGUGACUCCAGCGGGUAACGUUCAGCCUACGACGGAGCAAAUCAAGAUCAUGUUGGACCGCCUGAAGCAGUUUGAUGCCUCUGACAAGGCUCGUUAUGAACGUGAGGAAGCCCAAAAUGUGCUGGAAAGCUACACUUACUUCGUCCGUGAUUUCCUGGAGAACCAAGAUUACUUUUCCGCAAGCACUCAGACAGAGCGAGACUCGAUCGCUGCGGCAUUGCAGUCGACGCGUGACUGGAUGGAGACAGGUGAGCCUGGAAGAGCUACAAAGGCCGUGCUUACCGAGAAGCUCGACGCCUUGAAGUCGCUCGUGGAGCCGAUCAGAACGCGGAGAUCUGAAAGUAAUCAGCGUCCAGAGCUCCUGAAAGGCUUGCAGAAAUCGCUUGACGAGGUACAGAAGUACCUUUUGAAAGUAGAGUCUGAUUCUGCCAAAGUAGCCUCGAGCAUUGCCAAAGCCGCAACCGAAUCGAGCACAGCAACUGUUGCGGAGACCACGGAGAGUCCAGACGCCGAUGACCUUGAGGAGCCAGAGACGAGCACAUCGUCAGCUCCCAAGUCCAGCGAAACCGCCGUCACGAACCCUUACGACAGUCUGGAUCUCUCUACUGUAAAGGAGUUGUAUGAUUCUACUUCAGCGUGGCUAAAGGAGAGAGUUGCAGAGCAAGAGAAGCUCAAGCCUCACCAGGACGCAGUCCUCACAACCAAGGAUCUCGAAAAGAGGGCCAAUGAGCUAAAGAAGACGUUGAAUGACCUCAUGUACCAAGUCAACAGAGUGACAAAACCCACGGUAAAAAAGACCAAAGCAUCCAAGACCAAGACGGCAAAGAAGCCCAAGUCCACAGCCACUGAUGCCGAGGAGCCCUUCUCAACGCCGGAAUCCGGCGCCGAUGCUCAGGGAGGGACACCCGAGGCAGGUGACUCUGCUGAAUCGGGCGAGGACAAUCCGGACUAUGACGAGCUCUUGGAUAAAAUGAAGAAGGGCAAGAAGUUCCAGAAGCCGGUGAAGGGAGGGGAGAGCAUGGAGGACAUGAUGAAUUGGAUGAAGAAAGACCAGAAGCCUGAUGCCGAUACUGAGCAUAAUGAGCUGUAG